AUGACGGCAGAAGAAAUCAUACGCCCAACAGGUGCAAAGGUUAUCGCUCAAGCACUCCAACAACUAGGCGUAAAGGUUAUUUUCGGCCUCGUCGGCAUCCCAGUCGUGCAAAUCGCAGAAGAAGCCAUUGCCCUAGGGAUUCGCUUCAUUGCAUUCAGAAACGAGCAAGCAUGUAGCUAUGCUGCAACCGCAUAUGGCUACCUUACGGGACGGCCGGGAGUAUGCUUGGUUGUUGGCGGACCUGGUGUUCUUCACGCAAUGGCUGGGAUUGGCAACUCAUCGAUCAAUGCUUUUCCCAUGCUUCUCCUCGCAGGCUCAUGCGAAACUCAUCUCGUCACUAAAGGCGCUUUCCAGGAACUUGAUGCCAUCUCACUCCUUACACCUCAUGUUAAGGUUGCGAACCGACCCAGUCUCGAUUCCAUUACACAGUCUAUCACCCAUGCGUAUCGGAACGCUUGGUAUGGGCGGCCUGGAACGGGAUUUGUAGAUCUUCCUGCAGAUGUCAUCCAGGGCAAACCAGAGGGAUCUUCAGAGGGCAGGGUCGUGCCAGCGGCUCCACAGGCUGGUGCUUCUCCUGAGAGAAUUGGUCAGAUUGCCGCGCUCCUUCGAUCUGCAAAGGCUCCACUAGUCGUAGUUGGCAAAGGGGCAGCAUACGCUCAGUCCGAGGGCAUCAUCCGCUGCCUCGUUGACGAAACCGGGAUUCCUUUCCUUCCAACUCCAAUGGGCAAAGGUGUGCUGCCAGACGCACACCCUCUCAAUACCUCCUCUGCGAGAUCAGCGGCCUUGAAAGGCGCAGAUGUUGUUCUGAUUCUUGGAGCUCGUCUCAACUGGAUCCUACACUUCGGGGGUGAACCUAAAUGGGCUUCCAAGGUUAGGCUAAUCCAAGUCGACAUCAGCGCUGAGGAAAUCGGAAAGAACAACGGGGACGCCGAACUUGGCAUAGCUGGCGACAUUAAUGUCGUUGUCCCUCAGCUCACCAAGGCGCUAGAUGGGUUCAAAUACGAUAGCUUCUCACCAUACAUGCAAACUCUUCAAGCUAGUAAAGCUAAGAAUGAGGCCAACGCCGCGAAGGUAGCGAAGAUUAUUAAGUCGCCAAUGGGUUACCACCAAGUUUUCGAUACCAUCAGGAGGACGCUGAAUAGGCUCUCACCAGCUGAGGAUGGCAACAUCGUGUAUGUGUCUGAAGGUGCAAACACCAUGGACAUCUCGCGAAGUGUCUUCCCGGUCGAACACCCACGCCUACGUAUGGAUGCUGGAACUCAUGCGACCAUGGGGGUGGGUCUCGGGUAUGCUAUUGCUGCGCACGCUGCAUACAAUUACCCUGAACCGGAAGGUCGUACCGGCCCAUCAACAUCGUCUAAGAAGAUUGUUUGUCUAGAGGGAGACUCUGCGUUUGGUUUUUCAAUGCCCGAAGUUGAGACCAUGGCGAGAUACAAUAUGGACGUACUAAUCUUUGUUGUUAAUAAUGGAGGUAUCUACCAUGGCGACAGCGAAGAAGAAGAACAGUGGCUAAAGCUACAAGAGAAGACUGGCAAGGGCCAGUUAGGAGGAUUGAGGAGCACAAGCCUGGGAUGGGAAGUGAAGUACGAGAAGAUGGCUGAGAUGUGUGGUGGGAAAGGGUUCUUGGUGAGAACUUCCGAGGAAUUGGAGAAAGCGACAGAGGAGGGGUUCCAUGCGAGGGUCCCAGUGGUGGUAAAUGUCAUAAUUGAGAGUGGGUCUAGUAAGAAGCUGGAAUUCGCGUGGCAAAAGUCUGGGGCAAAGAAAUGAACGUACCCCGUAGGUGUUUUAGACGAUUUUUAUAGGAUUUGGG